AUGAAUGCACCAGAUAGAUUUGAGUUAUUUAUAUUGCCAGAUGGAGUGGAUAAAAUAAAAAUUACUCCGGAUACAAAGGUUCCAAAUGCAGCUAUUGUAAAGAUAGAAAGGGAAGAUCAUACAUUAGCAAACUUAUUAAGAGAUCAGUUAUUAAAAGAUGAAAAGGUCAUUUUUGCAGCUUAUAAAGUUGAACAUCCAUUAUUUGCCAAUUUUGUAUUAAGAAUUCAGACUGAGGAUGAUUAUUCUCCAAGAGAAGCUUUGAAAAAUGCUUGUUCUGGAUUAAUCAGUGAAUUGGAUGUUAUCAAGAGUAGAUUUAAUGACGAAUGGGCACUUAAGGCGUUAUUGAAUAGUAACGAAGAUGAGUAUUAG